CACCUCCAAUCCAGUUCUUACUCUCCUCUCUGAGCUCGAUUCAUCUCCAGCCCAAGACGAUGUCCUACUGGUACCAAUACAAGCAGCAGUGCUUCAUCCCAAGUGGAGCGAAGCACAUCACACCAGCAUUCACACAGUGCCACAGCCCUGGCGUGGUGAAGUCGGUGCCAUGUGCAUCGUGUGCUUCCAGGGAUGCCAAGCAGUGCACUACCAGGAGGAUAGUGCAGAGCAUCCCCAAGUGCCCCAUGCCUUGCACAUCCAGCUGCGUGGAGAAGCACGUGGUGGAGGGCCACUCUUCCUCCUGCAGCCACCGGUCCGCUGAUGGGUGCACCAUGAUGUUCUCCCAGCCCCAUGGGCAGCACCUGUGCAUGCCACACUGCAGGCAGGUGGGUGUUACAGAACGCCCUCAGGUGUGUGCUCCGGUCCACGUGGGUCAGCACAGCUCGUACCCUUGCUCAUACCAGUGGUCUGAUAGCUACCACUACCGUUGUGGGCAGAGCUAAGCUCCAGAGGUUCCCACCCCACCACUGGGUGCUGAAGAGCAA